CUCAGGUUGGGAUACACCUCAUUGGUUAUUUAUACACCCUGUGUGUGACUCUGCAGAAGCGCAGCAGCCCUUGCUCCCACACUCCCACGAUCACUUUGACAACCUGUUCGUUGACCCUGGCUCCGCUACGGCUGCUCAGCUCAGAAAGCUCUCUCUUACCUCCAUCUAAAUACCGCAUCAAAAUAUCUCAUUAUUUACCGCAUUACCGUUUGUUGAAAGCCGAUGCUGAAGCAGCACCACAACAUACCUUCCUCCUAUGUAUUCUCAUUAGACCGCCGGGAAACUGUGCCACUCCUUUCCGACGACGAGCGCAAGGCCGCUGCGCAGCACUCAGAAGCAGAGUUCCUUCGUCAGUUCCAUGCGUUGCGUGAAGCACGUCGGAGGGCAAAAGCUCUCGCCGCGGGCGCCCAUAGUGUCUCCCAAACCAGUGCUGGCCGUGCUGCAUCCGGCUCACCAACGAUCGCUAUCACGACCAGCGCUCAGGCAAAGCCAGUAAUAUUCGUGAAAGUCACCUCACCCGUAUGCAAUGAAGAACCAUCGAAAAAACCAUUUCAUUUGGAUAUUGUCCAUCAUACCAUCACAAAAGAAACCGGUUCAAUCAUCUCCGAAUACCCUAAUCUUCCGUCCAUUUAUUCUUCACCGAGUCGUACGAUUCACUCUAACUCAAAAGGGAAAGAACCGGAACGGCCUUCUCACCGCCUUGAACUACCGGUACCAGUAGUUGGACAAGAACAAGACCACGCCUCAAUCACAUUGACAUCUAAUACAGUCAACAAUGUGAAUCUGAAUGACUUGCCUCGCGUCUCACCCGUGUCUACUUCUAAUAGGGCCGCUAAUGCAUCAUCUCCCUCUAUUGGUCAGGCUAUUCCAACUGACCCUGUUGAUGUGAACGUACUUGAGGGGCAGGAGACCACGAAGAACAAUCUUGAUUCAAAUGAGGCGUUGAGGCGAUCGCCCCCCCCAUCGUCAUCGUCAUCUGGUUCCGUUGCUUUUGUGCCUUGUUCAGCAUUGACAAAACUGGGCAACCCUUGCCGGUGCCCAGGCAAGUUCCCCGUGCCUCCGCAACCUCCGGUUUCUUCAUCAAAUGCUCUUGGUCUCAAUUUGGGCGGUCCCGCCCUCCCGGUGCCAAUCCUUCCUCGUAUAAGAUAGAAAAUCAAGGAGAUAUCGGCUCUGAACUCCGACGACAGACCGGUACUUCUCCCGAUCUUGUCGAUCCUAAUGUCGUCAAGACGGAAGUAGAACAAGCUCAGAUCCCUUCGUCAUCAUCAUUAUUGCCAUGGCCAUUACAUUGUUUCCAACAUGCACGAGCAAAAGGGUAUUUGCCCCCAGAAACCCUCAUAAGGAAAUGUUCGGAACAUCUCACGAUAACGGAAUGUAAUCAUGCCAAGGCUGUGUCUGAUGGUGCGUGGAUGAGGUCCAGUUUUACAUAUCGCCUGUCCCCGCCACAAUCCCUA